GCUGACCCUUACAUCUAUGAGCCAUCCUUAACUGCACCAAGUAAUAACUCUCCUACUAGAACAAUGGAAGACUGUGACGGCACGGGCCCGUCAGCAAAGCCGAUCGACAUUGUCCGUCAUUUACCGCUAUGCCUGGCCAAAUCUGAGAUCAUUCCUCCUGCUCCAAAUCGAUCCAAAUCUAGCUCUGAAUUUGAACCCGCAAUCGACUGGUUAUCUGACUUCGCCGGCUACUCAUGGAUUGCUUACGGCGCUUCGUCCCUCCUCGUCAUCAAGCACUUUCCCAACCCUCUAUCAGAGAGAGAAACUGCAAUUGGCUCCAUAUUACACCAAGUUUUCGAGCUGUCAGUGGACGGUACGGGUACUGUUUCCGCCGUUGCCUGGUCGCCAGCUACGCCUUCUUCUGGCGGCCUUGCGGCCUCUUUGGAUACUUGUAUUGGUUUGUUUUCGUUCCAGCCAGAAAUUUGUGAUAGUUCUUUUUGUUGGAGCCAGACUACAGUACUGGUUCAAUCUACAAAGGUGGAUGCGAUCAAAUGGACAGGGUCUGGAGAUGGGAUAGUAUCAGUUGGCAUUGAGGUGGUCUUAUGGAAAAAAUAUGAGAGAUCCUGGGAAAUAGCAUGGAAGUUUAGACCGGAAGUGCCUCAAAUGAUAGUGUCCGCUACCUGGUCAAUUGAAGGACCUUUGGCAACAGCACCUCUGCAUGGAUUGCAAGUUGAAGAUUUGGGUUUUCCUACCUGCUUGGAUAAAAACUAUGUAUUAGUGUUUCGAGGAGAUAAAGAUUCUCAACUUGCACAUGCUAUGCUUCCUCAUCCGCAGCCUGUUUCUAUGGUUCAAUGGAGACCAUCUGCAUCACGAGAGCCAAAUAAAGAUGGCAGAAGUUUCAAAAGGUUACUGCUGUUAACUUGUUGUCUAGAUGGGGCUGUGAGAUUGUGGAGUGAGAUGAAUGAUGAAAUGGUAAAAAAGCCAUUCAAAGAAAAUGAUCGCAAGGUUACUAGAUUAUGUCUUCAAGUGGUUGCUGUGGCUGAGAUGAAUCAACCAUUGAGUGGAAAACUAGGAUAUGAUAUAUUUGUAAGAUGGGCAACAGAUAUUGAUGGCGUUGUAAAGAUUGGAGAAGAAACUUGCUUGCAUUCCUCUCUUGAGGAAGACCAACAUGACAAGUUUGGUAAGUGCGAAUGGUUAAUUGCUUAUGGUCCUGAAAAAAAUUUGUCUCUCUGGGCUGCCCAUUGUCUCGAUGAUUUUGCUCCGGCAAGAUUCCCAAGGAUUACUUUAUGGAAUAACAAAGAAAUCAACUUUCCGGAAGUAUGUUCUAAAGGACUGCCACUUAGUAAUGUGUUUAUCACGAGGAAUCAGUUCUUUGAGCCACCUAUAGUUUGUUCGUGGGUUGAUCUACUACCUUGUAACACUCUAGUCUGGAUACAUUUAUAUUCCUCAACACCAACUCCUGGUGAAGAACGAUCUUCAAAAUCAAGUAUUGAAGAAGAUGGUCUCCCAAAAAAAAGUCAGACUGAUAUCUUACCAUUUUGUGCUAGAGGGAUUUUGGAUGUUGACAAUUACAGUGAUAAAAUUUCACAAGUUGCAGUUCUUCCUUGUUCGUUUGAAUCUGAAUUUGCUGCCUCUCUUAGUAUAAAUGGAGUGCUCCAAUUUUGGACAUUAUCUGCUACUUCUUGUGAUGUCAUGCCAACUUUAAAUUCCUCUUGGAAAUUUUCCGGAAUAACUAUUGUUUCACGUUCCAGUUCAAGGUACUCUUGCUUGAAUUGGGGACCUGCAAUGUCAAAUGAAGAAUGGAGCCUUUUUGUUGGACACGCUCACGGUGUAGAUUUUUUUAUUGUCACAACAUCAAAAAAUGAAGAAAAGAAAUUAUUAUGUCAUAACAUGUGCACCAUACCUUUUUUCAGAGAAGACAAUGUAGAAGGUCCAAAUAGUGUCUGCUUGAUUUCUUUACCUUCUACUGACAAUGAAACCUUUGUUUAUAAUAAUUUCUUGCUAGUAUCUGUAUGGAAGAGUGCUUUCCAGGCCCUUUCUUCAAAAAUUAGCAUCCACUACUAUGAUGAUUCUGGAAUCUCAUGCAACUGCAAUCUUGGGAAGCUAAAUAAUGUUAAAAAUAGUUCGUGCAGAUUCAAAAGUAGUUUUUGCAGUAAAACAUAUUGUGUUUCUGUUGAGCCUUGUUCAUCACGAGUCCCUGCUCCAUACAACCAUGACCUCGUUUCUAGCUUUGAAGUACUUUGUCCAACUAAUUAUGUUUUGAGCAUGGACCAGGAUUCUUCUUAUGAGAAGUGCAGUAAUCAUUUCUCUUAUCACCUGGUCACUGGUUGCAGUGAUGGUAGUUUGAAAAUCUGGAAAAGCAAGCUCGCUAAAAGCUUAAAUUCACAGUGGGAACUUGUCGGCUUGCUUUGUAUUCAUUCUGGUCCCAUUCUUGCAAUAUCUUCAAGUUCUUGUGGUAGGAGGAUUGCUACAAUCUCGAAAAUUGAUAAAGCAACUACUUCAAGUAAUCUCCAUAUAUGGGAAUGUGUGCACCUUAUGGAUCAAGGUAGCUUUAUCCUUGAGGAUACUUUGUAUUUUGAUUCAGAAGUAGUUGCAUUAAAUUGGUUGACUAUGGGAAAUGGUCAGUUGUUACUGGGGGUUUGUACGGGGAAUAAGUUACAGGUGUAUGGUCAAAGACGUUGUGGAGGCCAUUAUAUUAUGAAAUCAGAAACAUCCUUAGAGGGAAGGAUCUGGGUCUGUAUUGCUGAAUGCCACACUAAAGCCACCAUUCAUGACUUCUUCUGGGGCCCGAAAGCCACAAUAGUGGUUGCUCAUAGCGAGUAUUUUUCUCUCUAUAGUAGAUUAUUGUUUUUGGAGGGCAGCAAAAGUUUUUCCAAGUUUUGUGAAAAAAUGUACGGGGAUAGGUGCGUUUGCUGUAAUGGUUCUGAAGAACCGGCACCCAGUUCAUUAUACGAGGGUUUUGAUAAUCAUCGACGGUGCCAGUUUAGAUCCCCUAUGAAGAUGAACACGAUACUCGAAAUUAUCCCUGUUAUCAAUGUCAAAGUCUCUGAAAAGGAAUGCAAUUCAUUGACAAAUAUUGGCAUUUGGAGCAUGCUUGAGUUGAUGGAAAUGUUGGGAGGAUCAAUCCCUGUCAUUCACCCAGAUGCACUUCUUGUGAACUUACUUUCAGGUCAUUGGAAACGCUCACAUGUAGUCCUGAAUUGUUUCAGCGAACACAUCAGUUGUGAAACAUUUGCAAAGAGAUCCUGUUUUCAAAAUUUCAGGUGUUACACAUUACCUGUUCCCUUGUCAAACUAUCUUGAAGGAUGCACGUUGCGGAGUUCAGCAGACAAGUCCUUCCAAUGGAGUGGGGGUAUGUCAUCGUCACUUAGAGAGUCAUAUCAAUCUGCCUCAAAUUUGGGUAACUAUGAACCCCUUACUUCCCCAUCAAGAUGUGAAAUAUCUUCAUUCAUUGAAGCCUUUGACAAACUAUCCAAGUGUACAAUCAUGUCUGAUACUGAAGUGAUGUAUACUCGUGCUGCUAUAACCCUUUUGCAAGAAGUUAGCAAUACAGAGUUGGUAUCUCCUUAUGAAAGUCUUGAUGAUCCAGGUCGAAGGUUCUGGGUCGCAAUGAGAUUUCAGCUGCUAUAUUUUGUUGAAAGAUGCCACAGGUCACCAUUGGUCGGAGAGCUGGUUUCUCAGUCAUCCUUGAUUGGGUGGGCUUUUCAUUCUGGUUGCCAAGACACUUUAUUUGAUUCUCUCUUAUCUACUGAACCUUCUUGGGAAGAGAUGCGUGACAUAGGAAUUGGUUUCUGGUUUACAAAUGUCACACAACUACGCUCUAAGAUGGAGAAGCUAGCAAAACAGCAAUAUUUAAAAAAUAAAGACCCCAAGGCAUGCACACUUCUCUACAUUGCCUUGAAUAAAAUUCAAGUUUUGAGAGGCCUUUUCAGAAUUAGUAAAGAUGAAAAGGACAAACCUUUGGUGGGUUUUCUUUCUCGCAAUUUUCAGGAGGAUAAAAAUAAGGCAGCAGCUGUUAAAAAUGCAUAUGUUUUACUGGGAAAACAUGAACUUGAACUUGCAGUUGCAUUCUUUUUGCUUGGAGGUGACAUGACAUCUGCUGUCACUGUGUGUGUGAAGAACCUCAGAGAUGAGCAGCUUGGACUUCUAAUCUGUCAUCUUGUUGAAGGGUAUGGUGGACCAUUAGAGCAUUAUAUUGUUAUGAAAUUGCUUCUUCCAUCUGCAGUUGCUAAAGGUGAUUAUUGGCUUGCCAGUUUCUUGGAGUGGAUAUUAGGAAAUUAUUCACGAUCAUACCAGAGAAUGCUUGCUGUCCCACCUGAGUCCUGUCUCCAUAAGUAUGUUCUAUCCUCACACCAAGAUGCAUUUUUAGAUCCAAGCAUUGGACAAUACUGCCUAAUGUUAACAAUGAAAACUUGUAUGAGAAAUGUUGUUGGUGAGAAAAAUGCUGCAGCCUUGGGUAAAUGGGCAAAUUUGAUGUGUGCUACUGCCCUAAGCAGAUGUGGUCUGCCUCUUGAAGCUUUGGAGUGCCUUUGCUCAUCGCUCAACAUCUUUGCUAGUUCAGAUCUAGGAAGUAUAGCACGCAACGCAGACACUGAAAUAUUUAAUGUUGGUACCCUGGAAGUGUUAGUAAAUAAGAGUAUGUCAAACUGGAUAACAGGCGGUGUAGCAUUUGAUGUAGCUUCAAAUGCAAGAAUAGAUUUAGCGAUGCAGUACAUUACAAAGUUGUUGAGAAAACACCCAUGCUGGAUUGACAUCGAUAAGAGACAUAUUCAAGCAUAUACUUACACCGAGCCUGAGUAUGAAGCCCGUAAGAGAUUGCUUAAUAUGUUCCAAGACGAAUUAUUGGAAACAGUGUUAUGCUUAGAGCAGAAGUUCUCGGUCACAUCUAUUGAUCUUAUGAACAUGAUAUUUUUGUCCCUCAGCAACAAAAAUUUGGAGUGCAUUGGAUAUAGCCUGUUAUACGACUAUACUAGCAAAUACACCUUGGAAGAGAAAGGAAGAUUUAAUAUUUUCUUUUCUUAUCCUCCCGUUCCCAAACGACUUCUGAAGGUCGCUGAGGAUGUACUGCAUUCACUUUCUAGGUAUGUCAUUGUGUGUGGCAUGAGUUAUUUCAACCCAGAAUUAUCUUCAGGGAGAGGCAAUGCGGCCACUACACAUGGAAUUGGUUUCAUACAACCUUUGGAAUUAUACAAGUGGAGUUUCAUUUGCUCAUUAUGUUGUGUUAGAGAAAUGAUGAUGUUGUAUUCUAUUUCCUCGAACCAUAUUUUCACUAGAAAUCAUUUCAUUGUUCUCAAUUUAUUUGAGAUCUUCUUAUACUUCUCAACAUUUUGGGCUCAAAGAAAUUUGAGGGGUCUUACGAUGAUUUUGACACCUCUUGUAGCUGCAUGUGAUGAAGGAAUUGCUUCUCACGAGAUCAAUAUAGAGGAUCUCCGGGGAAUCCUCUUCCAGAAUUCGGAAAGUAUGAUUCAUGAUACCCCAGGUAUUGGUGUAGCAUCUCUGCACAUCAAUGAUGAGAAAUUGCAUAAACAGGUUGGAGAUCUAUUGUCAUCAGUUUCAAAAGAAAAAGUUUGGCAAACCAUCGGUCUCUUUUUGUGGGGAACCGUUUCUAUUAUUCUGGAAUAUCAGGUAUGUAUCGUGCCUCUAGAACCCAGAGGCCGUAAAUUUGUACCCCAGGACACCACUCAAAAACCAUCUUCUUCAUCAGUUCAUGAUGGCAACUCCCCGGUUGAGAUGGUCUCAGUACUUGCAAGAUUAUUGAAGGAAACUUGUGGCCAUGUAUCUGAUUAUUGUGUAAAACAGUUAGCAUCAUUCAUGCUGGAGAGAGUAUCAAAAAGUGCCUAUUUGUGCCCUGAAUAUAGAUCUCCCACUAAGAUUUUGGAUCAUUUUAUUGAGAAUGUGAAUAUUUUGUCAGAUGGAGAUGAGUUGUCAUCCUCAAAGAUGUUUAGGAGUAUUUGCACUGAGCUUUGGGAAGUGAAGGGCGACUUUUUGCAAGAGAAGACACAGUUAUUGCAGUAUAUUAAGUAUAAGUCCUUGAGUGGAUGGCAUAAUGUGUAUCCUGAUAUUAUGGGGGCGUGUGAAGCUGAGGAAACUUGUGACAAAGAUGUUAAGCUUGACAGUCCGAGCAGUGCUGCUGGAUCUCCUCUUGCAUGCUUGUCCCCUAAUGAUCAUCCAUUUCUAAAUUCCAGUGGGAAAUAUUCAGAUCUUCAAGAAAAUAUAUUGCCUUUUGAUAAACCUAAAGAAAUAUAUAGGAGAAAUGGAGAACUCCUAGAGGCUUUGUGUUUUAACUCCGUUGAUCGUUGUCAGGGUGCUCUAUCUAGCAAUCGGAAGGGCAUACUUUUCUUUAACUGGAAGGAUGGACUUUCUUGUGCGCAUAGAUCUGAUUUUGUAUGGGAAAAGGCUGAUUGGCCAUGUAAUGGCUGCACAAGAUAUGAGGCUACUGCAAUUUCCUUACAUGUUUCACCAGAAGUUGUGUUGAGCAAGAAAAUGACAUCACCGGAGCUUGGUGGAGCAACAGUUAGUGUAGGCUCUUCAUUGAGACCUAUGAAAGUGUUUACAAGCAGGGGAACAUUUGGAGUUCCAGGCUAUGCUGGUAUUACUUCCGGCCUUGGCUGGGGAGUCCAACAAGACAUUGAUGAAUGUGUCUUCCCUCCGGUUACAGUGGAAAAUGUUAGAUCAAGGGCGUUCUCAACUCACCCUUCAAGACCAUUUUUUUUGGUUGGUUCUAGUAGUGAACAUAUAUACUUAUGGGAGUAUGGCAAGGACAGAGCUUCUGCUACGUAUGGUGUGGUCCCUGCUACCAAUGUCCCUCGUUCUUAUGCUCUCGCCUACAUAUCUUCUGUGCAGUUUGACUAUUAUGGUCACCGAUUUGUGACUGCUGCAUCAGAUGGUACAGUGUCAACAUGGCAACUUGAAGUUGGAGGGAAGAGUAACAUUCAUCCAACAGAGUCCUCUAUAUGCUUCAAAAACUAUACAUCGGAUGCUACCUAUAUUACAACUAGUGGUUCUAUCAUAGCUGCUGCGGGGUAUAGCUCCAAUGGGGUUAAUGUUGUUAUAUGGGAUACACUGGCUCCACCAACUACAUCUCAAGCAUCCAUAAUGUGCCAUGAAGGUGGUGCGAGCUCUCUGUCGGUAUUCGAUAAUGAUAUAGGAAGUGGGUCGAUUUCUCCUCUUAUUGUCACCGGAGGAAAAGGUGGUGAUGUUGGAAUCCAUGAUUUCCGCUACAUAGCAACAGGGAGGGCGGCAAAGAAAAAUAAUAAGCAUUUUGAUAUGAGUCAACAGAGCGUGCAUUCCACUGUAGACAUGCAUUAUAGAACUGGUGAUCAGAAUCGAAAUGGUAUGUUAUGGUACAUACCCAAGGCCCACACAGCGAGUGUCACCAAGAUUUGUACUAUACCGAACACAAGUUUUUUCUUGACGGGCAGCAAAGACGGAGAUGUAAAACUUUGGGAUGCAAAGAGGGCGAGACUAGUAUUUCAUUGGCCAAAACUGCAUGAAAGGCACACUUUCCUGCAACCAACCUCUCACGGCUUUGGUGGAGUUCGGGCAGGUGUUACAAAUAUGCAAAUUGUUUCUACUGGUUUUGUUUCUUGUGGCGGAGAUGGUUCUGUAAGGCUGGUUAGUGUGAAAGGAGGCGUGAAACAUGCGCACACAAAUAACUUAUAUUCAACCAGCUAGUCGAGUUGAAAUCGUUUCCCCUUGCAUUGGCUCAUUAUUUGGUGAUAUACAAAGUAGUUUGACUUCUCAGUUCUGGAUGUCGGUGAACAUAAUUGGUUCUGCAAGGCUGAUACUUGAUACUUGUCAAUCCAGUCCUCCAUCGUUUGGUGAAAUGUUGAGGAAUGCCUGAAUGUCUAAAUGAGCUUUCUCGUGAGUUAUUUUCUCCAAGAAUCAACAUAAAUCAAUUUCCCUUGUGGUCUGAAAUUGUUCUAUGCUGUAAAUCAAAUUUCCCUCCAUCACAUACAUACCGUUGAUAUCUUAUUUAGAGAUGUAUGGCUACAAGGUCAAAUACUUAAAAUUGCCAGUUCAUUCAUAAUUAAUACAUCAGCAAUUAUUUAUACAUUCCCUUGAUCCCUUGAUCCCUUGAUCCUAUCACUAAUGACAAAUUAUAUCCUACAACUGGGUGUACAUCUGGAUGUACCAUGUAUAUGAG